AUGGAGGAAGUAUCACCGGCCGUUGCUAUGCCUUUCAUGCCGUUCCCUGAACAGCAGAUGGAGCUCGCAGGGAUCAUGUUGGGUAAAGGCUACUGCAACGGCCAGUACUCGUCUCAAGAUUUAGAGAACGGCUCGUGCUCUGUUUCUGGGUCUAGGAAAGUUUUGACCUCGCGGAUCAACUCACCUAACUUAAACAUGAAGAAGGAAUCACCAUCAUCCUCGUCGUCGUCGUCGGAGAUAGUUGUCGCUGGAGAAGAGAUCAAUGGCUCAGAUGAGAGAUCGAAGAAGAUGAUAAGCAGAACAGAGAGUAGGAGUCUGUUCGAGUUCAAGAGUGUGCCUUUGUACGGUGUGACUUCGAUCUGUGGGAGAAGACCGGAGAUGGAAGACGCUGUCUCAACGAUACCGAGGUUCCUUCAGUCUCCGACAAACUCGAUGUUAGAUGGUCGGUUCAAUCCUCAGACAACCGCUCAUUUCUUCGGUGUCUACGACGGUCACGGCGGGUCUCAGGUGGCGAACUACUGCAGAGAGAGGAUGCAUUUGGCUUUGGCGGAGGAGAUUGCGAAGGAGAAGCCGAUGCUCUGCGAUGGUGACACGUGGCAGGAGAAGUGGAAGAAGGCUUUGUUCAAUUCGUUCCUUCGCGUUGACUCGGAGGUGGAGUCGGUCGCGCCGGAGACUGUUGGGUCAACGUCGGUGGUUGCCGUUGUUUUCCCGACUCAUAUCUUUGUAGCUAACUGCGGUGACUCCAGAGCCGUUCUUUGCCGCGGCAAAACUGCGCUUCCGUUGUCGACUGACCACAAACCGGAUAGAGAAGAUGAAGCGGCGAGGAUUGAAGCCGCCGGAGGAAAAGUGAUCCGGUGGAACGGAGCUCGUGUGUUCGGUGUUCUCGCCAUGUCAAGAUCUAUUGGCGAUAGGUACUUGAAACCGUCGAUCAUUCCUGAUCCGGAAGUGACGGCUGUGAGGAGAGUCAAAGAAGAUGACUGUCUGAUUCUAGCGAGUGACGGUGUUUGGGAUGUAAUGACAGAUGAGGAAGCGUGUGAGAUGGCGAGGAAGCGUAUUCUCUUGUGGCACAAGAAGAACGCUGUGGCUGGAGAUGCGUCUUUGCACACGGAUGAGAGGAGAGGGGAAGGGAAAGAUCCGGCGGCGAUGUCCGCGGCUGAGUACUUGUCAAAGCUGGCUUUACAGAGAGGAAGCAAAGACAACAUAACUGUGGUGGUUGUUGAUUUGAAGCCUCAGAGGAAAUUCAAGAGCAAACCUUUGAACUGA